GCAAGAUGGCGAUCGGGCCUGCGGCUAGACGCUCCUCCCAGCAUGCCUAGCGACCGGCCCGGAGCGGAGUAAUGGGGAUCCGGUAGGGCACAGCGAGUGGCCGGGGCUGAGGCGCAGCCGCGGGCCCGAGCGUUCGGUGCUCACAGAGAGCCAAGAUGGAGACGUGGCGAUGUGUGAGGAGGGGCUACGGCCGCUGUGUGGCGGGGCGAGGCCGGUUCUCCAUGUUUCCCUAUCCUCUGAAGAGUUUGGGUCGAGACUGGACCACACCGUGGGAGGAUCUGCAGAAAUACUGCUGGCGCAGACACAUUUCCAGUUGUCUGAGGUGGCCGGGGCAUUACUCACGUGCGCCUUACCCAUACCUCAGUAGCAGGCAUUUCUCACUGAACUGCAGACCGCCUUUUCUGUUUGAGUCUGGAACUCAGUUUCAGUACUAUAAUUGGAGACCUGACCAACUGAACAACACAUCCUUCAUCCAUCUGUCUCCUUACGUCAUGAACUCUGACAGAGAUGAGCCCUCGUCUAAAAGAAUGAAACACCAAGGUGUUGAGAAUAAGGAAAAGGCUCUUCGUUAAGCCACAUAUGUGACUUCCGAUAUUUCACUAAUACUUUCCAAUCAAGAGAACAGCAUUACUAAUUUGCCUGUCACUUUAAAGUGGUAUUUGAAGGAUUUGUAUGAUACAAUUAUGACUUUGUAAUUAGGCACCCCAAAUACCUGCUCAGGCCUAUUGCUCACUUUCUUUGACUCAUCUCUCUUCUCUGCUGUGACCACCUUGUUCCUCCUGACAUGGAAGGUAUAUAAGAUUUUGCAGUGUGAAUUUAUGUUGUAUAAAGUAUGUGAUGGCCAGAGACUGUUCACUGUGUCAGUGAUUUUGAGAUUGUCCUCCAUGGAACCUGUGAACACACUUGCGCCUAUUCAGUAUAAACAACUGUGGUCGGGAUGGACUGUGUGUGUUUUCCUUCAGCAGAGAUUUGGUGUCUUUGUGAAAUGAAAAGCAAUGCCAAAGGGCUCCACACGCUGUACAAGUUUGAAAGCCACCAUGUUAACCAGGGAUAAUAAAAAGGAAUUGGGAGUAUUUAUGUAGCCAUAAUAAAGAGAAUGUGAAGAACCUAGAAGACAGAAAUGUUGACUCCACGCGUGAGGACCAUGAAGAUAAGUUUGACUUCUCAGUGAUGUCUUAUAACAUCCUCUCCCAGGAUUUACUGGAGGAUAACUCACACCUCUACAGACAUUGCCGACGCCCAGUGUUACACUGGAGUUUUCGGUUUCCCAAUAUUUUGAAAGAAAUCAAACAUUUUGAUGCAGAUGUGCUUUGUCUACAGGAAGUUCAAGAAGAUCAUUAUGGGAAAGAGAUCAGGCCAAGUCUGGAAUCACUGGGUUAUCAUUGUGAAUAUAAGAUGAAGACAGGAAGGAAGCCUGAUGGCUGUGCCAUCUGCUUCAAACAUUCCAAGUUCUCGCUCCUAUCAGUGAACCCCGUGGAGUUCUGCCGCCGGGAUAUUCCUCUGCUGGACAGAGACAACAUUGGAUUAGUGUUACUCCUGCAGCCCAAGAUCCCACAUGCUGCCUCCCCAUCCAUCUGCAUAGCUAACACACAUCUGCUGUACAACCCACGGCGUGGGGACAUUAAACUGACCCAGCUGGCAAUGCUGCUCGCAGAGAUCUCCAGUGUGGCCCAUCGGGAAGAUGGCAGCUUCUGUCCCGUUGUCAUGUGCGGUGACUUCAAUUCUGUCCCUGGCUCUCCACUCUAUAGCUUCAUAAAGGAAGGAAAAUUAAAUUAUGAAGGUCUUGCCAUUGGAAAGGUAUCUGGCCAGGAACAGUCUUCACGGGGACAAAGAAUUUUAUCUAUUCCAAUUUGGCCCCCAAACCUAGGCAUCUCUCAGAACUGUGUUUAUGAGGCACAGCAGGUUCCCAGAGUAGACAAGACAGACAGUGAUCUGACUCAAGCACAGCAGGAGAAAGCGGAGGUCCCGGUGUCAGCUGACAAAGUGUCCUCACAUCUACAGCAUGGUUUUAGCUUGUCAUCUGUCUAUUCUCAUUAUGUUCCUGACACUGGAGUUCCAGAGGUGACCACCUGCCAUUCCCGAAGUGCCAUAACUGUCGAUUAUAUUUUCUACUCUGCAGAGAAGGAGGACACUGCUCAGGGUCCAGGAGCUGAAGUUGCUUUGGUUGGUGGUUUGAAACUUCUAGCUAGACUGUCACUUCUAACAGAACAAGACUUGUGGACUGUGAAUGGCCUUCCCAAUGAGCACAACUCCUCAGAUCACCUACCUUUGCUGGCCAAAUUCAGGCUUGAGCUCUGACCAGUGCUCAUUCACAGAACUUCCUGUCUAUAUACUUUUCAAAAGCUGUAAAAAUUUUAAGUAUUUGCAUGCUGUUCAUUUUUGUGAUACGGGGUUCUGAAUUUCUGUUAUAUGCUUGAAACAGAUUGGAAGAGAAAAAUUUACAACUGGUUUUUUUAAAUGAAAUAUUUUCCUGAUAACUGAUGUCUAAAGAACUUUACUGUAAAUGACUUCUAAGUCCUGGUAAAGUUGGCAGCAUUUUAAAAAUGUAGUUCAUCUCCUUGGCCCUGGAGACAGGAAGUCAGUGCGUUUAGUACAUCCGGCGGCGGUCCUCGGACCUGCAAAGCUAAGCUUGCUGCCUUUUCUGAAGACCUAAUUUCAUUGGGAGAAGUCGGUCUUUGUUCUUAGAAAUCACUGGGUCGUUCCUCCACAGGGGUCCACACUUCUGAAGAGGCUUGGCAAUGUGUUUGCUAUAGAGAACACUUGACCCACAUCACUUCCAUCCUGAGCUGCGGGAUAUGCCUACAUUUUGUAGUGGAAAUAGUUGAGAAGUGUAGGUCACUCUAAGAGCAAAGCUCCUAGGGAGAUAAGGUGGUGCAUAUCUAUAAUCCUAUUAGCAUUUGGAAGGUGGCAGCAAGAGGAUUAGCUGUUUAAAGCCAGCUCUAGCAACAUAGCAAGUUUGAGGCCAGCCUGGGCUAUGUGAAACCCUGUCUUAAGACAAAAAUAUAGGCAAAGUCCUUUAUGUAUGUCCACUCCUGUCCUGGAGAAAGGUUGCCCCAAGGAAAGCAGAUGGGCCAGAUGCAUCCACAAGCAUCCUUAAUCCCAGCAACUGGGAGAUAGAAGCAGGAAGACUGCCAUGUGUCCCAGGCUGACUAGGGCUACACAAGGUCCUGUGUCUCAAAGACAGACAAAAGGCAGCAGACCCCAUGUUGUACCUCUGUCUCCCGCACUUCCCUGUUUAAUGAUGGUGAAGACCCUUGGGUCAGGAGUGACAUUUUGUUGAGCUUAUUUUGUAUAAAUUGAUUAGAGAAGUGGUCUUUGGGAGGAGGAAGCAGGAGCUUCACAGCUGUGUGUCAUUUGUCUCCAACAUGCAGGAGUCAGCAUGGGGAGGUGUUGCUUAGACCAAGGGCCUCACUAACUGUUGGCUGUAGCAUUGAGCUUUCCGGUACCAUGGUGCAGCAGUGUGCCAUGGUGUUCACACUGCUCGUGCCGCCUCACAGCAGCCUGACCAGCCAGUAGCUUGCCCUGUACAAGUGUCGAAUAGAAGAAUUCUAAAUGUAAGUAGAAAAUUCUCUGCUUUUUAAAAUAGUAGACUCAGAUUGCAGGCAUUUUUACUAAGUCAUUACUGUGCAGUAAUAAAUGUUUUCUACAGUGUUUUAUUAAUAGAAUGUUUUAGACAAUAAAUCUUUGCAAUUUAAAAUUUUAA